AUGGGCAAACUAACCAUCAAGGUUCAUAAAUGCGAACUCUACCGUCCCGUGAGCAGUGGCAACUGCACCGUCAAUCCGCGCGCCACCGUCGUUGUGGACGGCACGUAUCGGUUCCAGACAAAUAUCAAGAAGAACACGUUUAGCCCAGAGUUUCGCGACUCUUUUGUUGUGGGCAACACGCACCGGCUAGCCGUGAUUGAGGUGUCCGUCUACGAUGUCCAGGAGCCGUCCGGCUUGGUGUUGCCAGGCAUUGGCGUCUUGACGGCAAAGCGGGGCUUGGUGCGGGAACCCAGCGGCAUCGGCAUGGACGAAGGCGAAGGCGCUGGUGCCCUCGCAGCCAGUCCCACAGGGGGUGGUGGCUCCGGCGGCAUAAGCAGCGGCACAUCAUCGUCGUUCAAGGCCCGAUUGCCGGUGUUGUUAGGGCGGUGUUACAUCUCCAUUGAGCGUUUGGUGCACUAUGAACGGAAGCGCCGGAAGUACUACCUCGCCACCCCACUUCCACCCUCGUCUGCCACGGCCACGACUGGGAGCAACGUAUGUGCGACUCCUGCCAGCGUUGCCGCGAGCGCGAUCGCGACCGGCGCGUCCCCAGCGGCGAUGGUGAGCGACGUUGGUCCCUCGUUUCUGCAGCAAGUUCUUCCGACCGGAAUUGCCGGCACAAUUACAAUCUCUCUCGAGUCCGACUCUCUCGGCGAACCCCCUUCAGAGUUGUGCCUCAACGAGCAACUCGAGGCCGCGUAUGUGCGCCGUUUGCGUCGCUUUCUGAUGUGCUACGAUCAGCCGAAGGUGGCCAUGCUGGAUGUGAUGAUGGCGCACGUGCGCGACACCACGGAGCUGGGCCCACACAACAACAGUCGCCGCUACAGUAAUGGCAACGGCACGGAUGCCGUGACGCUGGCGCCCAACAGUGCACAUUUGUCACAGAGUAAUAAACAGGACCGAUCGAGCGCCACGACAGCCACUUCGGGCCCCACCACGCCGCUGCGCCGCGGCGCCGACAGCGUCACAUCGCCAAUUGGUCGCACAUCAACCCUUCUGAUGAACUUGCACGACCAAGUUGACUCACUGAUGUGGAAUCCGUCGAAUAACGGUCCGAACCGCGUCCUGCAGCUCGACCAGAAAGGGAUCCCGCCCAGAAACAACGCGACACCCCCUUUUGUCGCCGCUCUCCGAACGCGCACCGUGUGCCUCGGUGACCGUGCGGAGCUGACAGCGGACCUCCCUGAUGAGCGAGAAACCUUCGAGGGAAUGAUGAACCGGCUCUGCGCCGAGUACCACGCGAGCGAGCCGGGCGAAUUCCGCGUCGUGUUACGGGUUGAAGGUUGCACGAACAUCAACAAGGAAGACUGGAAUCAGUCGCUUAUCGGGUCCGACGAUGUCUUCGUCAUUUUCCGCAGUGAGUCGGAAGAGUUUGAGACGAACAUGGUGACGCUGCAGAACACCGUCGUUUGGUCGGAGGCGAACACCGUUGCCAUGGACGUCGUGAAUCCGCAUCGCUUCUACGUCACAGUCAUAUUGAUGGGCCGCAGCGGGUCCAAGACGUACGAGAUUGGUCGCUGCAACGUUAGUGCUGCGCCGCUCUCCAACGGGUACGUCUCGCGCCGCAACAUGUUUCUGUGCAUGGCGGAGAGCGUUACGCGAGUGGCGGUGAACGGCGUGGUGCAUCUCCUCGUGCGUCCUGUCAACUUCAGCCUCACUCCCUUUGACAUGGCGGAGAGCGUUGAUGAUUUCUACGACCGACUCGGCCGCUUCUUUAGGCGGUACGAUCCCCUCCAGCUACCCCUGGUGGAUGUGUUGGCGCGGGCCCGCCUGCGUGAUCACGACACCUACAUGAAGGAUCUGGUGGUCCAGUACGGCCGUGAGCCGGGAACUGUGCGCAUGCUGGUCGCCGUCGAGUCCCUCAUUUCACUGCGCGAGACAGCCGACAGAGAUCUCAGCGAGCAGGGCGUUCGCGUCCUGCUCACGAUGCGCUCCUGCAGCGUGCGCACCAAGGCGUUUGCUGUUCGCCAGUUCGCGCCUACCAAUGUUCGUGAAAAUUACGUCUUUGAUGUCGUGCGAGAGACCGACCUGAUCCGGAUUGAGGUGGUGAAUGCACGCGACGAUAACAUCGUAUACGGCUGCGCCGACUUCAGCUGCCUCAACACGCAGCGGAGCGUCAUGAACAAGCGCGACCUGUACCUGGUUGGUGCAGCUGGGACGCGAGAUGCGUAUUUCAGCGGCAUCGCGCGCGUGAGUCUUUACAGCGAUGAAGUGGGCCACAACUACGAGGUGGACAUGAAGCUGGAGGACGCCUUUACCGGGCGACUGCGCCGCUACGUGUACCGCCGCAUCCCUGAGAGCCUGCACCGUGUGAACCUGGCGGUCGCAACGGUAUUCGACAUAGAAUCCUUCAUGGCGCAGCUGGCCGUCGAGUACGGCGAUGAGGACCCCACCUACGCUCUCUACUUCACCGUCGUGGGAUGCCGUCAACUGCGCUCUGGCUUUGGCGGCAUCAACCCUUACGUGGUGGUGCGUGUCGGCAUCGACGCCUAUAAGACAAAGACGGCGAGGGCGAACGAGGAGCCUGACUACUUCGAGUUCUGCGAGUUCUACUACGAUCGGCCUGAGGACAUGGCCAUCACCCUCGUGGUGAUGGAUCAGGCUGGCAUCGGCAGGGACGAGGAGGUUGGCCGUGCGGUGAUCCUGCUGGCCAAUGUGCAGCCGUCGCGGCAGUACAACGAUUGGCUGCCGCUCCUCUCCGAGAAGAAGAGCGGCAAGGUGCGGGAAGUGGGCACGAUCGGGUUCAAGUACACCGUGGUCGACCUAAACCUGGUGGACCGCACCCGGGCUCGCCUCAUCAAGGAGCAGUACCGUGAGCGUAGCGCAUGCAGGCCUAGCUUGACGAAGAGACGAAGCGAGAGCCGACUCACGAGUUUAGCGCCAUCAGGAGCCAGCGGAGCCGACUUGCCGAACCCCAGCUGGAGCGCAAACGCGAACACCAGCUCUGGGUUUGCGCAUCGGUGGAGCACCUUCAAGAGGUACCUCCUGCAGACGCCCCUCAUGGCGCACUCAACGCGGUCGCUUAGCAUGGGCAACAGCGCCGGCGAUGAGUCGGACCGCUUCGAGCAAUGCAUGAGCGAAAGCACCACCCUCCUCAUGGCAGGGCGGGACGCGAGCCUCUUCAAGCCUGGCCGCCCCGUUAUCAGUCGCCUGCCGACCAUGAACCUGAUGGAUCUCGGCAUUACCACUGUCGAGGAGUUCUGCACCACCGAGGACAGUGGGCUGCUUUCCGCGAGGUAUUCUGAGACGGAAGCGGACCUGUCCCCCUUUCUGGAAAUGACGUACCGGCCGCCGACCAACGAAAGGGAUACGCUGACUGGGUCCUGCCCCUUCAUCAGCGGCGAGGGUCGUGUGGAGAGUGGCGACGCGACGCGCAUGCAACUGCGCGUGCGCCUGCUCAGCUGCAAAAACCUCUUUAAGCCUGGACGCAACAUGCCGAACCCGUACGUGCUACUCUCUACCAUUUCCGAGUCCCACCGGUCGCGGGUGCAGUUCUGCACGACAGAGCCGCGGUUCAACGAAACCUUUCUGUUCACCAUUGAAGACCCAAACAUCGACUACCUCACCGUCACCGUUCUCACGGACACACCUUAUGGGCUGAGGAAGCUGGGCCACUGCACGCUGUCGAUGCGCAACGUGCAGCGCGGCACGAUGCGCACACGGUGGAUGUCGCUUGUCAUUCAUCCUUUUGAGCCAACUGCGAUGGAGUGCGGCUUCGUGUACCUCUCGCUUGGUGCUAUCAACUUCGGCAUAAACUAUCUGCCUUCUGUGGAGGCCGAGAACCGGCUACGGGAGCAGAUCCGCGAGUACCUCACCCUGCACGCGCGGCGGCAGCUGCACCGCUUGGAGUGGUACGUCGGAGAGUUCUCGCAGUUUGAGAGCAUCCUGCUCGGUGGCUGGUUCCGCGAUAGCGGCAACGAUACCGGUGCCGACAACACGGGCACGCGCGUCGCCGAUUUGGAGGUGACGGUGCUCGGUGUGUCAAACCUCUACUGCAGUGGCUUUCUCGCCGAGGGUAGCUGCGUCGUGAAAGCGAAGGUGGACGGCCAAACGCGAGCCAAGACAAGGCCGAUCAUCGGUGCUCACGGCAGCUUUGUCGUGCCAGAGAGUCAAGAUCCGCUGCACUUCACUGUUCCCGAGCCGAUGACGACGCUAGUGCGGCUGAGCGUCGUGCUCAAUGGCAAAACGGGUGCCGGCGAGUGCUACGUAUCCUUGGCGGAUCUUCACCGCGACGUAGCGAAGGAGCGCACGCUGAUGCUGGUGAUGGAUUCACGCUCCUCGCAUGCCGAGGCGGUGGGGUUCAUCCGCAUCUCCGUCUUUUGCACCAACUACGGCAGCUCAGCCCCGGCGCCGACGGAGGAGGAGCUGGCGCUGCACUCGCGCCUGACCCGUUUUUUCUACUACUACAUCCCGACGGAACUGGCGAUGGUGGACGUCAAGUACGCAACAACUCUGAAUGUGACGGCAUACCUGAACCGUAUGGUAGAGAAGUACGGCCCAGAGCCGGGCGAGUACCGCCUUCGCUUCACAGUGGACCGCUGCCGCAACCUUGUUUUCAAGAACGGCAACACACCGCUGCACGUCUUCUGCAUUGUCCGCGUCGGGCUGCAGGAGUUUCAGAGCUCCAUUGUGGAGGGCCACAGCGAGUGUGUAUUUUGCGAGAGUUUUGACCUCAUCAUCGGCCUCCCGCAGCAGGAAAAGGUGGAACUGAUUCUGAUGCGUUACUACCCAUCGAAGCAGGUGGAGCUGGGCCGCACGCAGCUAGAGCUGCGGGCGCUGCGGCGAGCGGAGGAGAACAUUAUGGAGCUGGCGCUUGUCAGAAACGCUGGCACAAAGGCGGCGGGUGUUUCCGGCGUCCUGAAGGUCUCCUCCUUACCAGUCGACUUUGGCCGCGAUGGCCGGAUGCACGUACGGACGCAAUCGACGUUCGCGUACGGCCUCGAUGGGCACUCGGGCUUGGCACAGACGAUGUGCCUCUUCUCCUCGCCGACCCAAGUGGUUGGCGCCAACACAGUCUCGUGCCCGCGAAGCAGCGCACCGAACAACUACGACGCUGCUAAGGAGUCGCUGGCCACGGAGCGCAAGACGCCGGUGCGGAGCGCAUCGCGCGUGAUCUCCACCUCUUUUUAUGGCAACCUCCGGGAGCGAAGCGGGACGGCGCUGCCCGCGGUCCGGGGUGGCACCUCGGCCUCCGUCACCAUCGUCGGGUUUGCCGGACUGACCAUGCGCGAUGCCCAAAUUUACAUUCGCGUGUCAGAACGCGACAAGACUCUGCUCAAGACAAAGCCUAUCCCUGUUGAGCAACUGGUCGCCUUGGAGGCGAGCACGGUCACCUUCACGAUUGACAACGUGGCCGCUAACUAUGACAAGCAGUACACGCUCAAGCUCGGGCUUCGAAAGCUGCUCGGCGCCGAGGCCCUCUGCCACGCUGAUUUCUGUGUCCUGCGCUGCCCCGCCGGAAAGACCGUAGAGAAGCGCCUGCGUCUCUACGACGUGAACUCACAGUAUUUGGGCAUCUGCCGUCUGAGCAUAACACUGCCGCCCGUCCAUCUGCCGGCGCUGCAGUGGCAGCACCUCUCUCCUGCCGUCUUCGAGCCGCUCAUGGACGACGUUGCGUCAUUGGUGUCCACCUACAUGCCGAAGGAUUUGAGGCAUCUGGAUCUCAUCUUGUGUCAUGCCCCGGACAUCCGUCGACUGCAUCGCGCGUUGAGGCUGCAGCUCGCGCCCAGCGUGGUGGCGACAGUGUACGUAGCGAUCCACUCCGUCGACCUGCACUCCGUGACGGUGCGGCACUCGUGUGUUGUGACGGCGUCUGUCGGGCACUUCACCUCUGAAGCGGUGCGGCGGCAGCACGGUGCGUCGCAGGUUUACCCGUACGGUAUGUCCAAGGAGGGCAUCUCUAACCUGGACUUUCCGCUGCUGCGCAUCGACAUCAGCGCCACGGGACCUGCCGCCACCUUGACGCUGUGCGUGUGUGACCGCGGCUCCAAGGCAAAAUCGGAGGAAGUUGGUCGCACUGUGGUGUCGCUGCGAGCCUUGCUCACGCCUGCUGUCUUUGACAUGUCUGAAAAGGUGCAGGUGCCGCUUGUAUCGGUGAGCCACGCUGCGAAUCGCGUGCAUGCAAGCCUGGUCGGCACCGUCACGUUUAGUCUCAUACCGCCUGCGUUCGAGAGCUAUGGCGCUUCCGUGCGGUUCGCCUCGAGCGUUGUGGAUGGCUUUGACCGUGCCUACGUCCGCUACUACACUGAUCGCAUUUGCCGCCUGCUGAGCCACUACGACGCGAACUCGCUGGUGGACAUCCACUCACGCCUGUACGAGUCGUACGUUUCCUGCCAAUGCUGGGAGACCGGGCUACCUGCGUACUUGUCCGAGCUGGUUGUCCGCUGGGGACCGGAGCUGGACAGUUUCGAGGCGCCCCCUGCGCUGAAGAGGCGCGAUGACGUGCACCACAGCAGGAUGGCCGCAAUGGAGAAGAGCGAAAAUAUGGAGUCAGCUCCAUAUGAGCUAACACCAAAUGGUGAGUGGCAGCCGGCAAGACCAGAAGGGCACCCGAGCGUAGAAGGAUGA